AUGCAGAACCAUCCAGGUCACCUUCUCAUCCCUCCCACUUUAUCCCAGUCUAUCCCAGUCCCUCCCAGUCCAUCCCAGUCCCUCCCAGUUUAUCCCAGUCCCUCCCAGUGCCAUGUCCUGACUCCCAGUGCCUCCCAGUCCAUCCCAGUCCCCUCAAAGUCUCUCCCAGUGCCUUGCCAUGUCCUCACUCCCAGCGCCUCCCAUUCCCCUCGCUUUGCCUCCCAGUCUCUCCCAGUUUAUCCUACACCCUCCCAGUUUAUCCCAGUGUAUCCCAGUCCCUCCCAGUCCAUCCCAUCCCUCCCAGUUUAUCCCAGUGCACCCCAGUCCCCUCAAAGUCCAUCCCAGUGA